GUGAUUCAGUGUUUGCGCGGCAGAUCACGCGGACGGACGAGACGGAUCAACUGCUUUUGGCUGCGCUCUCUCUCCUCUCUUUUACAUCCAAUCGUUUUUGCAAAGUCAUUUUUCAAGUUAAAGAGUUAAAACUUUUUUUUACUCGCUUCCCCCGACAUCUUUGAAGAAAAAAAUGGCUCCCAAUCCAAACGAAUGCGUGGUGGUCCUGCAGAUGCAACAGUCUUCACCAACAGCCCAGGAAUUGUCGGGUCAAAUAAUCAAAAUUGUCACUAGCGACGUCGAUUCAACAUCGGACGAAGGUGAGCAUUUCUACGAUGCUUCUUCAGACAUUGGCGGUACUGGUGGCAAUGGCGGGAACGAUGUUUCCGACGACAGCGCCCCAGAGAACAACAGCGGCAACAAGGCAGAUUCUGGCAUUGAAGAUGUAACUUUCGAGAUUCCCGAUGCCGAGCUCGCGGCUCAAAUCGUCGAGCAGGUCGAGUUCUACUUUUCCGACGCCCAUAUCCUCAAGGAUGCUUUCCUUCUGAAGCACGCCAGACGCAAUCGUGAUGGAUUCAUCUCUCUCAAACUCAUCACUAGCUUCAAAAAGGUGAAGCACGUGACCAAGGAUUGGCGAGUCGUCGCUCACGCUUGCCGGACCUUGUCCAAAGAGCUGGAAGUCAACGAGGCCGGCACUAAAGUGCGCCGCGUGGCACCUCUACCCGAAACGGACGAGACGAGCCCAUCGCGCACCGUCGUCGCCAUCGGCCUCAACGUCGACAAGGCCAGCAUUGAAGGUGUAGCUGAAAUCUUUAGCGGCGUCGUCCCACAGGGCGCCAUUGGAUUGAUCCGAAUCCUGCGACCAGGCAACACCAUCCCGCCCGAUGUCCGCCAAUGCGCCAACCGCCAUCCGGACAUUUUGACUUCCAUCUGCGCCGUCGUCGAGUUUGAACAAGCCGAAAGCGCCCGAGCGGCCCUUAAAGAUGCUCCUGCACUCAUGCCGGCAGGUGUCAAGUUGGUCGAAUUAGCAUCACGUCGCAAUGGAAGCAACAGGACUUCGCCGACAUCGUCUCGUCCCGUCACUCCGAGCUCGCUGCCGCCGUCGGAGAACAACACUCCAAACAAUCGCCGCAAGCGUCGCGGCGGCCAGCAGAAAAACGUGGUUGCUGUCCAGGAUUCUGAUGCUGAGACUCCGAGGUCUCCAUUCUUGCGUCGCCAUCAAAAUGAUUCGACGUCGUCGACGCCGAUCCAUUCGCCCCAACAGCGUCGUCAUCAUAUGCCGGCCCAUUUGACGGGCAAUAGCCGUGGCAACACGCGUCAAAACAGUCCAGAUUUACAUAAUCAAGUAACACGUCCGAAAUCCUGCAGCUAUUCAGAACCCAUGACGAGCACACCGGUUGGAACCGCCACCCCACCCGGGUCGCACAGCCCGUGGGUACGUCGUCGUCUCGGUUUGGUAGCUGGAGGUGGACAGGAAUCCGGACGUUCCAGUCCUUUGGCUGACAAUCGUCUCUCCGUUCCGGCCAACAUUGUCCGCAUGCCCAACGGACCGGAUGGUACUCGAGGCUUCCACUUUACUAACAGCGUCACCGGUAAGCCGCGUUCAGCAUCCGCCCCCGAAGUCCCGCUCAUGGUCACCGUUUUCUAAUUUAAAAAUCAGAGAAAAUGCCGGGGAAAAAAGUGGGAAACGGGAUAUUCUAAUUUUUGUGAGCGAGGGAAAACUUAUUAUUUCUUGUAAAUUUUUUUUGUGUGUGAAUGUGCGUGGUACCACUUGAUUUAAAAAAGUGGUACAUGAUUAUGUAAUAAUUAUUAUCUGUCAAAGAGUUUAGUUUUUUUUUGUUUGCUACAUAGGCAGCUUUUGAGUUCAAUGCCUAUCAAACAUUUUGAGGAAGGUAAAAUAAGGAAAAUAAUCUCUUUUUUUUGUUAAUUAUUAUGUUAUUUCUUCAAAUUAUUUUUUGGGGGGUCGGCUGUGAUAAGGUUUUUGUGUGUGUUCAUCAUCAUCGGGUAUUGUCUCAUGUCUCAUCAAAUUAAUUAUCUUUUUUUUUUGAUCCACCAACUAGUCCCUCUUCCCUCUUAUGUAACCAUAAUUCCCCAGUUCAAUUCUUUAGACCCAUUUGGAAUUGAUUCUUUCUCUCGAAACCCAUUCCACAUAUUACUUUGAAAUAAUAUCAAAAAUUUUUCAACUUCCUCCCUCGUCGUACCUGUACAUAUAAUUAAUUAAUACAUCGCGAUUUAUUACUUCUAAAUGUCAUCCAAACACUGUCGGGAAUUUUUAGUUGUUGUAAUUUAUGGGAUUGAAGGAGGAAAAAUCAAACAAUACACUUGAAUUUGUUGAUAAAUUUC